AUGCAUGAUGCUGGCGAUGAGCAUAUAGUUUAUCCUCCUCCGCCACCAGCUGGAGAUGGAAGGCCUCCACCACCUCCACCACCACCAUCACCACUACCACCACCACCUACAGCACUGCCAAUCCUAGUCCCAAUAGCUGGAGCCACACCACAUCCAUUAGAUGGAGGCCUGCCAGUGCUCCCUCCUGGAAUGGCACCAGUGCUCCAUUCUGCUCCAGGACUGCCUUUGCUUCAACAGCAAAGGCUGCAAAUAAUAGCUCAGCUGAGGGCUGUCAAUAGACAGAUUGUAAGUCUUUACUACAUUGUACCUAAUAUUAAGUACAUCUGCGACACUGCCCCUACCAGUUCUACCAAGGAGAGGUGGUAG